CAUAAUCAAGUACGUGCACUUGUGUAAGUACACUUGUAAAUUGCGAUAUAUCGUGUAAGGUAAAUCGCAACUGAGCUGCUGUCAACUGUGUAUGAUCAUCGCAAUACACAAAUUUUCAGAACUCAACACAGAGCAAAGAAAAGAAGAUUCCAUUUUACGAUAGAUUAUCAUUUACAAUACGACAAUCGCAUAUACAGUACAGCAUAUUGCUAGUGAAAAGAUGGUCAGUGUCAACUACAACAGCCAAUAUGUGCCACGCAGUCAGGCAAACUCCACGGCGCUACCCAGCUGUGAACUAAACAACAGUACUAACACCAACAAUAUACCGAACACACCCGUUGACCGCACGCCUUCCAAGGCUCUUAGGCGCACGCCUUCCAAAACACUUAGACGUACGCCCUCACACGUACAACCCAUUACCGCCGGAGGAGACCGAUUCAUUCCGUCUAGAAAAGGUGUGGACAUAGAGAAUUCACACUUCUCUCUCACUUGCCACCAAGAAAACCAGGAUCAAGAAAAAGGAGCCGUUUCACCCAACACAGCCGAGUAUCAAAACGCACUGAAGGGAGCGCUGUCAACGUGUCCGGAGGCCAAGGUGUUGGCAUUCAAACACAAGGCACCGGCACCUCCUGAGGGCUAUAUAAACAACCUCAAAGUAUUGUACAGCCAGAACAAGCAGACGAUAAGACCCAAGAAACAGACCCGUGUCAUACCCACCACAGCCGAUCGGAUCCUAGAUGCACCCGAGCUUCGGGACGAUUACUAUUUGAACCUGUUGUCAUGGCAUGAUACACAGAAUACACUGGCAGUUGCAUUGGGCCCAACUGUGUAUCUUUGGAACGCAGAUACCUCCGAUAUAACCAAACUCCUGGAUUUGCCAGACGUCAACAACUACGUAUCGUCUGUGCAAUGGAUGCCACAGGGGAAUGUGUUGGCUGUGGGCAACGACGACGGGGAGGUGAUGCUUUGGGAUGCUGAAAACGUUAAAAGACUUCGUACCAUGAAGGGGCAUUCUUCACUUGUAGGCUCUCUUUCAUGGAACAAGCACAUGCUGAGCUCAGGGUCGCGCAGCGGUGUGAUACACAACAGCGACGUGCGUGUGCAGAACCACAUUCAAUCACAGAUGCACGGGCACGCACAGGAGGUGUGUGGCUUGGCCUGGAGUCCGGACGGCACCCAACUGGCCAGCGGUGGUAAUGACAAUAUACUGAACAUUUGGGACAUCAACGCAAGCACAGAGACACCUCAGUACCAACUCACAGACCAUCAGGCGGCCGUGAAAGCUCUUGCUUGGUGUCCGUGGCAAUCUAAGCUAUUAGCGAGUGGAGGUGGAACCGCAGAUCGACAUAUCAGGUUCUGGAACAGUGCAUCGGGUGUGCAGACGAACUCUAUCGAUACGAAGUCACAGGUUUGCUCGUUGCUGUGGUCCAAGACACACAGGGAACUGGUUUCGUCGCAUGGGUUUUCUCAGAACCAAUUGUGCAUUUGGAAGUACCCUAGCCUGGCCAAAGUUGCUGAACUGUCGGGCCACACCUCGCGCGUGCUACACACAGCCAUGUCACCCGACGGCCAAACGGUGGUCAGUGCGGCUGGGGACGAGACGCUUCGCUUCUGGAAGUGUUUCGCAGCCGAUUCUUCGUCGCGCUCUCGGUUGGGAGGUAAACCGUUGGCGCUCAAGUCUUCGGGUGGGUCGACGCGAAGUUCGCACCGAGGCAUGCUCAUGCUGCGAUAAAGACAACGCGGGUGUUGUGGUGGGGGGAAGGCGGCAGUGUGCUGUGCUGCGCCGUGGUGUACAUGAGUUCACAUUAUUUUUAUUAUGUACUGCAACGUGGAGUGUUAGUAUACAUCACCUACUGGUUUGGUCUGGAGGUGAAAACAUGUGUGUAUAGUGGUUAAGCUAGACAUUUUUGAGCUACGUGAAAUUAGUCUGCUAUGAUGUAAGUUUUGUUAAGUGCCUGUGUGCGCGCGUAUUUGUCUUCGUGCGCGUUGAUCUUAUUGUUUGUAAUCGAAGUGGAUCUAAUUCCAUACAAUAUAGUGCAUCUAUUGCAGUAUAAAUGUCAUCUAGGAUUCUAAUGCAAGGCCCUGAAUGCGUAAGCGUGACUGCUUGCUUCAAUUAGACGUCAUAUCAGAUACAGGCCCACCAGUCAACUUGUGCCAGCGUCAAGGAACUACGAAAUACUGAUUUACUGGCACACAUUCUAUGGCCAAAAGUCGUCGCACUCGCCAACGAAAACAACAGGACGGCCUACCAGAGAACUAAGACUAUGACGACGCCUUAACUUGUGACUGACCACCUUGACAUUUUGAUAAUUUAUAACGUUUUUGCUUCAAAUUAACGCUGCUUCUAAAUUUUAACAACCAUUUGGAUACGCCGGAGCGAUUGCGCGAUCGUUUCCUCCGGGUGCUUUUAGGCGCUGAGUGCUUCCCAGCAUUCCACAGGUACGGUUGACGUUCUUGCACGUGCAAAGAGCUGUAUGCACAAGAUACUAUCGAGAGUAGAUGGUUAUUGAUAAGGUAUGGAAAGAAUCGUGUCGUGUUGUGUGUAGUCACCAGCUGUGCAAGUCGUUGAGUUGACACGUGCUUGUAAGCGCGAGGUGUUGAAGCCACUUAUAGUAUACCACGAAUUUGUAUAGCGCGUGUCUACGUAUGACGUAAGAGCGAAUUAUCGGCCCGGUGCUUAUCAGCACUUUCCAAGCAUAAAGUUCGAAGAACAAAAUACAGCACAACAAUAGAAAAUUGAUGUCGACAAACGGAGCAAUAUAAUUAUUCUUGUCACAUAAAUAGAAAUAUUAUUCGCAGAGGAUCAGUGUAUGGAGAGGAAUAAAAAUAUAACGCGCCGUGACUGUGGCGGUGCGAACACAUGUACAUGAUCGACUCACUCUUUAGAGACAUCUGUGGGGUCAGAAAGGCUUAGUAGAGAGACUGAAAAGACAAAAGAAUCCAAUUAAAAGUGAAAAAUUUGAAAGCCA